AUGUCCAAAUUACAGUUUGUAUACGUCAAAAAAAGUCGGAAUAGCGCGCUUCUUGAAAGAGAUGACCUCGUGACUUGGCGGCAAAAUUAUUUGAGCACCAUAAAGCAAUACAGAGCACAGGGCAGACCGAUCUAUUACUUAGACGAGACGUGGGUCAACGCGGGAGAAACGCAUAGUAGAACAUGGGUCGRCAGUUCGGUCACUUCAYGACGUGACGCAUUCAAAAGGGGCCUCACAACAGGACAAAAGGAACCCUCGGGCAAAGGUAAACGGCUCAUCGUCUUACACAUUGGUUCAUCUGACGGCUUUGUYCCGGGGGGCCUUUUGUGUUUUGAAUCAAAAACAAACUCAUCCGACUACCAUGAUGAGAUGAAUGGUUCUACUUUUUUUGAAUGGUUUGUCAAAAUUUUACCGUUACUUAAAGAUAAUGCAGUCAUUGUUAUGGAUAAUGCCUCGUAUCAUUCCGUAAAAAAAGAUCCAACUCCAGUAAGGUCGUGGAAAAAACAAGACAUUAUAAACUGGCUGGAAAGUAAAGGUGAGGUCGUAAUACAACCAAUAGUAAAGGCAGUAUUGUURGAGAGAGUAAAAAAAAUAAAAUCGGAACACGAAAAAUACGUUAUCGACGAGUAYGCAAAAGAAAACAAUAAAACCGUAUUAAGAUURCCUCCAUACCAUUGCGAGCUAAACCCGAUAGAGCUCGCGUGGUCAUCCGUUAAACAUUAUGUCCGGACGCAUAACAGUACAUACAAGAUAAAAGACGUACAAGAAUUAUUAAAACAAGGCGUAGAACAUGUAACGCAAGAAAUGUGGACCAAUUUUGUUGAGCAUGUCGUAAAGGAGGAACACAAAUUCUGGAAAAUUGACUUCAUCACAGAUGAAAUUUUGGAGGAAGAACCUGCCGAAGAUCAACACAUCAUGACAAUAGGAACAGGUGAUACCARUGGUUYUGAAUGUUCUGAUUUUGAUUCAGAGUAUUCAGAUUCUGAAUGA